AUGACGUCGCGUCACGGGACUGUUUUCAAGCCUGAAGUCCCUCCUCACUUGCAGAAGUUACUGCAGAAAACGCCGGAAGAGCAGCAGCGCGUCGCAGCAGCUAAGGCCAUCCUCAUGGACGAACCCGCAUUGCGAAACGAACAGAGCUUGGACCUGGUCUACAGCUGGAUGCUGCAGAACUGCAAGCAGUACAGCAACAACAUCUUCGGUGCUGCGCCAGAAUAUAUUCGACGUGAGAUUUGUCGCCAGAUGAGGCUCAUCAAGGUGAAAAGUGGAGGCCUCGUUAUCCGUCAGGGCGACACAGGAGAUAGAUGUUAUAUUGUCGUGGACGGGUUGGUGGACGUUUACAUUAAGGCGGAGAAGCCGGUCGAUGCUGUCGUGGCCCCGACUUCCCCACCUCCAAUGCUUUCGGUAAUGAAGCAGCGACGCAUGUCUCGGCGAAUGAGUUCGGAAGCUAAUGCAGCACCGGUGGACUUCGGUGCCAUGGUGGCCAAUCUUGGACCAGGAGCGAUGUUUGGCGAAAUUGUGCUGCUGAAUCCCUCUGCAAGGCGAAAUGCGACUAUCAAAGCUUCACAAUUCACGGAAAGCUGCGAUUUAAUUUGCCUUGAGCGCGCAGAUUACAUCCGUCUCGUUCGAACAGCAUCGAUGGAAGCUUCGCACUAUAACAAUGCGGAGGUGCUAGAUCGAAUGUUCCUCUUCAGAGACUGGGUUAAGCAUGAAAAAAUGCGCCUCGUAAGUGCGAUGAGGUCACGCCAUUUCACAAGCAACGAUUAUCUGUACCGAGCUGGAACGGAUGCCAAGUGGAUGUAUAUUAUAACAGCAGGAGAAGUCAUGGAGCGAAUCAAUUGGACUCUUGAAGCAGCAGGGAAUGACGCUACAAUGCGCCGUCUUCUGAUGUCCCAGCCCUCUUCACGCAAGAACCCAGAGAAAAUCGUAAAUGUUGAGCUUACUCUAAUCGGUCCUGGAGAUAUCGCUGGCGAGCUACCGUUUAUUACCUCAAAGCGUGGGGCGAUCUUUGACAUCAAGGCCGUCACGGAUGUGCAAGCACUAGCUAUCGAUCGACGAUACUAUGAAACGGUGAUGCUGACGGCAACCCGAGAAAAUAAGCCCGAGGUCCAUGCAACAAUGAAAAAGUUGCGGAAGUUCAGUCAAGAUCGCGAAGAUUGGCGCCAGCAACGAAUGGAGUGCGGGAUUUCGUACCCGAGCGCCCAUGUUAAUAUCACGUGGCAUCUGAUGCGGAUGUCGAAUGUUCCUUGUCCAAGAUGUGGCCAACGAGGUCACCUAGCUACAGAUAUCUCCAAGUGCGACAGCGCUCCACCCCGCCAAUCUCCAACCCCCAAUAGCAGCAACGGUAGGACUGGAGCAAAGCGAACACCGUCUCGCGGCAUGCUUCCGCGCAAAGCUUCAACAGCACGGGCACCACCAUUGAGAAUCCCAAGGCAUGCUUUAACCGAUGAUACCCAUCCUAAUACAGCACGCCCGGAUACCGCUCUUCGCAAUCUUUUUGACGAUUCCUAUCUCCCCUCAGGAAAAGAACAGCUUCAGCAUUGUAGAGAUAAGAGAAUGCAAUUGUAG